GUAGUACACUAUAGCAGCCGUUAGAGGGCGACAAAGUUUAUGCAGUCAGCAGGAGACAGGUGCACAUGAUUAACACCUCCAGUGAACAGCGUGAUGCAUCAUGGGUAUUGUAGUAACAGACUGAACUACACUAGUCUGGGCCAUGUGACACACUGUAGCGCGCGCGCGUGUGUGUGUGUGUGUGUGUGUGUGUGAGUGAGAUCUUGUUAUGCGGAACUUGUUUAGCGCUGCAUGUCAGUGUUGUGGCUUCCUCCUGUUUACUGAAACUUCUUCAAACAGACUGACAGCAGCAGUGAGUGUCAGUGUCAGUGUGUGAGUGCAGCAGGAACAGGCUGUAAGUCAGGAUGGAUCCUUUAAGUCAGCGAGAGUUGACGCUAAAUUAGUUGGGGGGCGCAUGUUUGUAUUUUUUUUUCCCUUUUUCAUAUUUAUGUCAUUGUUCUCCGGAGUGUGUUUGGCGCAGGACUGAGCGGAAGCCGACAUGAAGUUUAACGGUUACAUGAAGCUGCGGAUCGGCGAGGCUGUGGACCUGAAGCCCACGACCUUCUCGCUCCGCCACAGCGUCAUCUUCAACAAGGCGGCCCCGGCUCUGGACCCGUACAUCGUGGUGAAGGUGGACGACUACAAGAUCGGCCAGACCCACACCAAGCAGAAGACCAAUGUGCCCACGUACAACGAGGAGUUCUGCCUCAACGUGACCGACGGCAGACACAUCGAGCUGGCGGUGUUCCACGACACCCCGAUCGGAUACGACGACUUCGUGGCCAACUGCACCAUCCUGUUUGAGGACCUCAUCAAGACCUGCACCGGGGACGUGUUCGAGGGAUGGAUGGACUUGGAGCCAGAGGGCAAGAUCUACGUCCUCAUCACACUCACUGGAUCCUUCACUGACGACGACGCUAUAGUGAAAGAGAAGACGUACAAGCAGUUCACGAGGAAGCGGCAGGGAGCGGUGCGGCGGAAGAUUCACCAGGUCAACGGACACAAAUUCAUGUCCACCUUCCUUCGCCAGCCCACCUUCUGUUUCCACUGCAAAGAGUUCAUCUGGGGUGUUUUUGGAAAACAGGGUUAUCAGUGUCAGGUUUGCACCUGUGUGGUUCAUAAGCGAUGCCACCAGCACGUCGUGACCGUGUGUCCCCGCAUGAAGAAGUCGGUGAAGGAGAAGGAGCAGCCCGUAACCCAAGGCUUCAGCAUCAACGUCCCUCACAAGUUCAACAUCCACAACUACAAGUCGCCCACUUUCUGUGACCACUGUGGUUCGCUGCUGUGGGGGAUCGUCAGACAGGGCCUGCACUGUAAAAUCUGUAAAAUGAACGUACACAUCCGCUGCAAGGGCAACGUGGCGCCAAACUGCGGGGUCAACAGCGUGGAACUGGCCAAUAAGCUCGCAGAGAUGGGUCUGCAGGCCGGAGGACUCUCCAAACGCAACACACUGACCAAAAGUCAGAUGAGGGCGCCCUCUGAACCGAGCGAGGGUAUAGAGAGUCGGCAGCGGACUCCUCAGCUGGGCAUUUCAGACUUCACCUUCCUGCAAGUGCUCGGCAAAGGGAGCUUUGGCAAGGUGUUGCUGGCGAGGCUCGACUCCAAAGACCAAGUUUUUGCCAUCAAGGUGUUGAAAAAGGACAUCAUUUUGCAGGACGAUGACGUGGAAUGUACCAUGACGGAAAAGAGGGUGCUCUCACUGGCUCGCUUACACCCCUACCUCACGCAGCUGUACUGCUGCUUUCAGACGCCGGACCGUCUCUUCUUCGUGAUGGAAUUUGUGAACGGAGGAGAUCUGAUGUUUCAUAUCCAGAAGUCCAGAAAGUUUGAGGAGGCCCGAGCACGUUUCUACACGGCUGAGAUUACGUCUGCCCUCAUGUUCCUGCACAGCAAAGGCAUCAUCUACAGGGAUCUGAAACUGGACAAUGUUCUUCUUGACAAAGACGGACACUGUAAACUGGCAGAUUUCGGCAUGUGCAAAGAGGGCAUAUUUGACGGUGUGGCCACGGGGACGUUUUGUGGAACCCCAGAUUACAUUGCCCCGGAGAUCCUGCAGGAGAUGCUGUAUGGCCCCUCUGUGGACUGGUGGGCUCUGGGCGUGCUCCUGUACGAGAUGCUGUCGGGACACGCCCCCUUCGAGGCGGAAAACGAAGACGACCUCUUCGAAUCCAUCCUCAAUGAAGAGAUCGUCUAUGCGCCCUGGCUCGGCACAGAAGCAGUGAAUAUACUCAAAGCUCUCUUGACCAAAAACCCGGCGCGCCGCCUGGGCUGCGUGCCCUCUGAGGGUGGCGAGGGCGCCGUGACCAGCCACGCUUUCUUUGCCGACAUCGAUUGGGAGAAACUGGACCGAAGGCAAAUAGAGCCACCGUUCAAGCCCAGGAUUAAAACGCCGCAGGACGUCAAUAACUUUGACCCGGACUUCACGCAGGAAGAGCCAACCCUCACGCCCAUCGACGACCCGAUGAUCCCUCAGAUCAACCAGGAGGAGUUCUGCGACUUCUCCUUCACGUCGCCCGAGCUGCUCGACAGCUAAGAGACGCCGGGUCGACGCGCCCGCCGCUCACAUUUUUCGGGGACUUGUGAAUUUGCCAAAGACAGUUGCUGUACGGCAUGUACGGAGACAGGAAGGUGCACUCAACAAGAUCUGGAGCUAUGCCCAAAUAACUUUUAAGCACACCUUUAAUAGCUGACGAACAGGCACAUCACCAGCUUUGACAUUUAUUUUUAACAGCUCGACUGGGACACAACCAUGCAAGUGUUUUUUUUUUUGUAUUCGACAUGUUGGUUUGUUGUAAAUUUGUUUGUCUAAGUUGUACAGCAUCGGAAUUUUAUUUUACAAACUUGCUCUCGUGCUGAGUUUGAUGACAAAUGAAAAAGCAGUUGUGGAGCAUGA